CGACAAUUCUCUGAGUAGUAGGACAGUGGUCGGUUCGUGAUACACCGCGGUGUAUGAAGCUGGCCGUAGCAAUUGACAGAUGGCUAUAUAUAUUCAGAGAGAGGUUAUGUCCUUUUAAAGCUGCAUUCCUAUUUCCAAUCCAAGUCCGCGUUUCUAUACCAAUAAGUUCAUCAAGGUCAAACUCUCGGGCUCCCACCUACCAUGUCUACCAACACCGCCAUCGUGAUCAAGUCCCAAGGGGUUGCAGAACUUUCCCCUGUAUCCAUCCCCUCGCUUCGAGACGGAUAUGUUCUCGUCAAAGUCAAAGCAGUCGCCUUGAAUCCUACAGAUGUUCUUCACAUCGACCUUAUCCCGACACCCGGCACCCGGUCUGGAUGCGACUUUGCCGGCGUAAUCGAGGAGGUCGGUCCAAACGUGACUAAAUCGUUCAAGGAGGGAGAUCGUAUUGCGGGUGUAGUCCACGGGGGCAACGCAGUCAAUGAAGAAGACGGAGCCUUUGCCCAACACAUCGUCGCCAAGGCUGAUGUCGCCCUUCGAAUUCCUGACUCGCUGACCUUUGAAGAGGCAGCGACCCUCGGCGUUGGCAUCACCACCGUUGGGCAGGGCUUGUACCAAAGCCUAAAGCUGCCACUCCCUGACAAGCCUUCCCCGAACCGCGAGUAUCUCCUGAUCUAUGGUGGUAGCACUGCCACUGGCGCGCUAGCCAUCCAGUUUGCCAAGCUGUCUGGCCUCAGGGUGCUGGUGACCGCAUCCCCCAAGCAUUUCGACUACGUGAGGGACUUGGGAGCCGACGCUGUUUUCGACUACAAGUCAGAGACUCUGGUUGAGGAACUACGCAAAUACACGGGUGGGCAUCUUAAAUAUGUUUUCGAUUGUAUCUCGACUGAGGAUACUGCUCGCAAAGCGGUGUCCGUCUUGGGAGCUGGUGGAAGCUAUUCAGCGCUCCGAAUUCUCCCCGAGAAUGUAGUUGCUUGGAUUGGCGAACGAGCCAGUUACAAUAUGACGCUGGCUUAUACCGCUAUUGGUGAAGCCUUUCAGUUCGGGCCUCAUACGUUCCCUGCAAAGCCGGAAGAUGCUGCUUUUGCUCGUGACUUCUGGAUUCUUGCUGAAGGACUGCUCGCCGAGGGCAAGAUUCGGGUGCACAAGCCCAAGGUCAACACUGAUGGGUCUGGAUUGGCUGCAGUGCUUAAGGGUCUCGAUGAAGUUCGGAAUGGCACCGUGAGCGGUGAGAAGUUGGUCUAUUCGCUGGAUUGA